AUGCACGAACUCCUUUCGCAGGUGCUGGACCACAGGGACCUGUCAAAGGCGGGGGCCCUGUUCAGCGUCCGCGAUUGGGAUAUCGUUUCAGACCUGCCUGCCGCAACACCGAAGUUGAAGCACAUCUUUAAUAGCAGCUCCUACGCUUCGGACAGCAAUGCUCAGAGCGUCGUCGAAAUCUGUCUCGCUCGGAUCACAUCGGCUGUCAGGUAG